AUGGCAGACGCUUACCCAAACCCAAAUUAUGUGCCACCACAACCAACAUACAACCCACCUUUACCACCUCCCGAUUUCCAAAAUCAGCCAAUGUACCAACCUCCAUCUACGCCGGGAAAUUAUAAUCAACCACAAAUGCAACAGGUCCAACCACAAGUUGUCCCAAUGCAACAAUACACCCAGCCCCAAAUGCAACCACAGAUGGUGCCAAUGCAACAACCAAUGCAACCACAAAUGCAACAACUCCCACCACAACCAAUGUACCCUAACCAACAGACAACGGUCGUCACCACCACGACGGAAAAUGACAACAUAACUUCUGAGCAAAGAGACAAAGAGUUUGCACUGUUCAACACCACCACAAUUUUCAUGGUUCUUGGAAUGUUUAUUCCAACCCUUAUGUGUAUUGGGUGUUGCAUGAUUCACAAACCACAGACACGACAACUCCAACAAAGAAAGACGACAAUGGCAGUCAUGUCUAUUGUUAUUGGGUUCAUUCAUUUGUUUAUCAUCGUCUGGAUAGUAAUUGUCAUAACCGUGGUGGUGUCUUCCAACACUUCAACAAAAGACUACAAUUUCUAA